AUGAGCCAGUUGGUGCGCGUCUUGCGCGCGUGCGAAGAAACGCAGCAGCAGAGCACGAGGUUCUCAAAAACAAAACAAGUUGUGCCGCCAGGGUUCCAACUUUUUCUGGGGUAUGGUAUGGACUAUGGGCGGCUUGUGGACGCCGCGACGGCGGCGAUGGCGAAUCUGGAGCCUGCAAGUGACGAGGCCGAUGCACCUCUCGACGCGGCUGGCUGGCAGCGGCUCGCCGAUGACGAGCUCCGCUAUUUGCUCGGCGUCACUUGUUUCCCGGCGCUGCUGGCGCUCAAGGCGACGUGCAGGGCGCUGUCGGCGCUCGUCCGGGCUGAUCUUUGCGAGAGCAAGCGAUGGUCUGCGGCACGCUGCUUCACGCUCGCACGGCCCGACGAGCGGCUGCACGACAUCCGCACCAACGACCCUCCCAGGAUGGCCCGCCUUGUCGCGGCCGAUGACGUUGACACGGUUGAGGCGCUGCUCCAUUUUUAUUGGCGUGACGGAGCCCCGAGGGCCUCUUUCCGACUGGUUCAGGAUGCGGCGGGCGGCGCCCCUCCUGCUCUGCACCACUCUCUUCUCGACGCCGCGUCGGCCCUCCGCCGGACCCACCUCGGAGCCAACGACAAUCUGCUUCCCUCGCGCCCGUGCCGGGAAGCCGCACUCGCUCCCGGGGCGGUGCAGCCGAACGGCUGCGGCUCACGGCCGCUACACUUCGCCCACAGCUCCGCCAUGGUUGCUCUGCUCGUCGAGCACCGCGCCGACGUCAACGCCACCCGCCUCAACGGGUGCACGCCUCUCAUGGACGCUUGCCGCGCGGGCGAGGCUGCCGUGGUGCGCACCCUGUGCGAGAGCGGCGCAAACACCAACGCGACCGCGGACCCGAACCAACGGUGGCGCUGGGCGUUGGGCAACGAGGAGGAGCAGCGGGUGUGGGGCUGGAGCGCCAAUCCCACCGGCGUCGACAAGGCACACCGGAGCGUCGAUGACUUUGUCGCGUGUUCGCGCGCGCUCGGGGAGUGGGGCUCGCGCGGGGGUUACAUCACGCGCGAAGAGAUCUUUGGCGCGAUCGUGAACGAGGUCGACGUGCCGUCCGAGUACGUGGUCGCGUUCCACUAG